UGGGUAGCGCGUGUUCUUCUCAGCAGAUUUUAAUGCCCGGCUCUCUCACUCAGAGCGUUCCUCCUCAGAGCUUCUCUUAUAUCCCUCCCACUACAUUCCCUCCCUCCCUCCCUCUCUCUCUCUCUCCCCCGUCGCCCGCCUGCGUGCACCACGCCGCUCUUCGCUGAGGCAUGCAGAUGGAAGUUUAAUCCAGGCAAUGGUCAACGCAGGGAAGCCUUUGUCAGGGGGUCAGGCAUUUGUCUCUCACAGAAGAUCUGGAGGUUGAACCCACAGGCUUCUCUUUGGAUUUUUUUCCGUCAUACUCUGGUUGGAUAUGUGUUUUUACUCCUGCAGAUCUGACAGCUGGAGGUGUUUUCUCCAUCUCUGAGGCACACCAUUUAAAACAAGCAACAUCCAGAUGAUUCAAGGAGAGUUGGGGUUCACACGCCUCCUUAAUGGAAGUCAUGUUGCCUUUGGGACCUUCUUUGUUUUCACCUGAUCAGCAGUCCUUCAGUGGGUGCUUUCAUUUCCCCACACCUCUCCGACCCUCUGCCCUUCCGUUCCUCCCUGGACACUCACAGCUUGUUACUGUAUCAACUGGCAGUGAUUUGUAACAGGAGAGCGUGAGGCUUGAUUUUGGGUCACCGCCAUCUAUAGACUGAAGCGCCGGAAGGUCCUCACAAUCUGUAGGUGUGCUAACUAGAACUUGUGCACUUCGUGCAAGCGCCAAAGACCCAAGAUGCAGGUUUCCUUGGUGUGCACGGACCACCGUGGUGGGGUGAGCCGCAACACUGAGGACCGGUUGAACCGACAAAACGCCAACAGCCCUGGAACCGGGACCCGCAGCAAGUUCCGUGCCGUGGCCAUGGUGGCUCGCAGUCUCGGGCAGCUGUCGGUUCAGAGUGUUCCAUCGUCCAGUGAGCAAAGCAUGAAGACUGGCAUGAAGUAUAGAAACCUCGGGAAGUCGGGCCUCCGGGUGUCGUGUCUGGGCUUAGGAACAUGGGUGACAUUUGGAGGACAGAUAACGGAUGAGAUGGCCGAGCAGCUGAUGACUCUGGCCUAUGAAAAUGGCAUCAAUCUGUUUGACACAGCGGAGGUCUACGCUGCCGGGAAGGCAGAGGUGGUGCUCGGGAGCAUCAUAAAGAAGAAAGGAUGGAGACGCUCAAGUCUGGUGAUAACAACCAAGAUCUUCUGGGGCGGAAAAGCAGAGACGGAGAGAGGUUUAUCCCGAAAACACAUUAUAGAAGGUUUAAAAGCCUCUUUAGAAAGACUCCAGUUGGAUUAUGUGGAUGUAGUGUUCGCCAACAGACCCGACCCGAACACACCCAUGGAAGAGACGGUGCGAGCGAUGACUCAUGUGAUAAAUCAAGGCAUGGCCAUGUACUGGGGAACGUCCCGCUGGAGCCCGAUGGAGAUAAUGGAAGCCUACUCUGUGGCACGGCAGUUCAACCAGAUCCCUCCCAUCUGUGAGCAGGCCGAGUAUCACAUGUUCCAGAGGGAGAAAGUGGAGGUGCAGCUGCCCGAGCUCUUCCACAAGAUAGGGGUGGGGGCCAUGACCUGGUCGCCCCUGGCCUGCGGGAUCAUCUCAGGAAAAUACGACGGCAGGGUGCCUCCGUACUCUCGAGCCUCACUGAAGGGGUACCAGUGGUUGAAGGACAAGAUCUUGAGCGAGGAGGGCCGGCGUCAGCAGGCGAAGUUGAAAGAGCUGCAGGCGAUCGCGGAGCGGCUGGGCUGCACUCUGCCCCAACUCGCCAUCGCGUGGUGUCUACGGAAUGAGGGGGUGAGCUCGGUCCUCUUAGGCGCGUCCAGCACUGACCAGCUGAUGGAGAACAUAGGAGCCAUACAGGUUCUUCCAAAGUUGUCGUCCUCCAUCACACACGAGGUGGACAGCAUCCUGGGCAACAAGCCGUACAGUAAAAAGGACUACCGCUCCUAACGCGCCGCGCCGCCUCGCCCGGCAGGGCCGCCUGCUACCGCAGCGCCUCACCUUUGCCUGAUCCUCUGUUUGCUUGAGCUUUUACUGAGUGAGACCCUGGCGCAUGAGUCUGGCCCCCACGGCCACCCAGGGGACCUCAUUUAGAGUUAAAGGGAAACGACAAGAAAAAAAGAAGGACCAUCCAAUCGCCGCCGCCGCAAGAGGAGGGAAGUGGCGACGAGUGUGGGCGGGAAAGAGGUUAGCGACAUAGCGCUCAUACUUCAGUCACACUUUAAACCAUAGAGUCAGAAAUGACAAGCACAUGCUUGCUUGGCAGCCAGACUUAGCUUGAGGACGAAGUGGAGAAGGCCUGCGCUGCACAUGUAACAUAGUCAUGUUUGUUCUGUCGUCUGGAAGUCGACCCUUCCGUCUGUGUCCUCAGUCCCAGCUUCAACGAUCAGCACUUUAGUGUCCGUCCGUGUUCCAGGGUUGUUGGUUUGACGGCCCGCAGCGCUCCGGAGGAUCCUCUCUGGUGUCUGUCCCCGCUGGAGCUGCCAGCGAGGACGCGUUAGAAUCCCCACCAGUCUUCAGUUUCCCUCCGUCAGAACUUCUGCCUUAUUUACAGUUGCUGCUCUCUUCCCUGCCCCAUAACUGUGCGCAGCAACCGUGUUCAACCCCCCAACUUUGAGGUGCAAAUCUGCGUGGCUUGAGCCAAAGAUCUUUGUCACACGCAAGUGUAUCCCAACCCCCCCGAGAUCCUGGGGAUCUCCACGCAUGUGUCCAGUCCAGCAUCCGUAUUUAUAUCUCCGCACCCAGACAAACGUCGUAUACCAGGAUGCGUGUUAGCAGCUUAGGAGCAGUGUUGUGCGCUUUACAUGACACACGUAUUACAGACGCCUCUCAUUCGUGCCGCUUCAGGUGCUUCUCUAACUGUGACAAAAGCACAAGUGCAUGUGACGUCCCGUUUCAUCCAACGCUUUCUGAGACCCGUGUGGAUGACAAGUCUUUACCGACUGGGAGACUCGUGAGUGACUGGUUGUUUGUCCGGCGACGUGUUGGGCCGCUGAAGUGAGGAAGCUGUCGAGAAGAAGACGGUCUUGAAGGUUCAAUGAUGGGAUACUAACCCUAGUUCCAACCCCCACUUUGGAAGCCCUCAGUGGAGGCUGCUACGUCAUCUGCCCCGCAGCAGCAGCAACACGUAUCACUGGCCUCAAGCUCCACUCAUGAACACACACACACACAGAAGCCCCUCUACAACUUCAUGACCUUGAGCUGUUGAGUUUGGAGUUUACAUUUGUGAAGGUCAAGUUUCUGCAGAAUGAGCGUUUCCAACUCUAAAGAAAAACCACAGAGAUCUUUUCAGAACAAACCUGCAAAGGUUCACUGCGCAUUCCACCAUUCUCUUGGAACAGAUGUCAGCAGCUCCUCUGAGGAUUCGUGUCUGAAUCUCCUACUGUACAACUCCACGCCUUGAUCAUUACUGAAAUAUUGCUUGAUUUGUUUUUUGAUCCAAAUCUCAACACACGUCCAGCUCCCUCAGUUCGCGGCCCUCGUGUUGUCGCACAGAUGACUUCAAGUGUGUGUGUGAGUGAGAGAGAGAGACAGUCUUCUUGCGUUUGCUGUGUUGGUAUUUCCGGGUGAUCCAAAGUGUUGAAACUGUCCUCCGAGCCAAGAACCUCGAGUCUGUGUCUUUUGGUUUCGGGGUUUGGGCCGAGACUGGAGUGUCACUGUGUCCGACGUUUCCACGCCGGUGACGACACAACAUCGGUCCCAGGUUCGCCGUCGUGACUCAGUGUCCCGAUGCCUGAAGGAAAAACAGAGGUGGAGGCUGCCAGAGGUUCUGGUUCGGUCUCAUGGCUUAGUAACGGGUCGGCUCUGGAGCCACAGAAGAGAAUCUAUUUUUAUGUUCUGCGAAAGCUUAGUUCCUCCACGCGUGCUGCACCGGUGGACUUCAUCCAUGACCUGGUGUAUAUACUCUUACCUUUGUACAGAAACGUUUCCAGUUGUGAUCACCUCGGCCUUUUUAUGUUGUUUCUUCAGCAGGCAUCGUUCGGCACUGUGCUUGACUCAAGUUUAGGAUGUACAGCUUCGAUCUUGACCAGAAUCAUGAUUAAAAUAAGAACGACAACUCUGCCUGGCUCCAUUUCUUCCCUGUGGGAGGUAGUGUGGGGGGGUCCUGCCGAAGAGCUGACUCUGGCUCCCCCUGCAGGUGCGGAGCUGACCAACUUCCUCAGGGGUUUGUCCGGAGUCCAGCAGAAUCAUCAGAAGAAUGGUGGGAAUGCUACCUACUCGCAUCCUGAGUCCUUCCUGGACCCUGACCCUUAGCCCCGACCCUUGACCCUGACCCCGGCGAUGGCAACUCAGUGUAUGUACGCUGUUCAUGUCUUGCUAGAUAGAAAAGACAGAUGAGAACUGGACGCCCACGACACUCCACAAACUUCCCCCAGACCCAAACAGAGUCUAGAGGACCCUCAGACACACCAUGAGGUUCCCCCCUUGUUGCUGAUGAAGAUCCUAGUUUGUACUGUAUUUGGUCCGGGAUCUUCCACAAGGAGCAAGACUGACACCGGAGCAGACCACAACUGACAUCCAUCGGACCCAGAAUGACUCACUCAAGUGAGGGUAAACAGACCUGCCAUGUCAGCACAUUUACCACAGGGACGUCAGCGCUGUUGCUUUAAUGAUUCACACACCAUCGCUGUUUCAAACGUUCGACAGUAAAAAAUAUAAAUAUCAAGCCAUCUAUACACAAGCCAUGGAUGCAGGUUCACACAGGUCCAGGUUUGACUCAAAAUAUACCUCCAAGUAAUGCAUGACUUUUGGUACAAAACUGUGCACUAGUUAUUUACAGGACCACCACGAGAGGUCAGAGGCCGAAAGUGAGGCGGAGACAGUUCAAGGCACUUUGUCUCGAAGGUUGUUUCCGAAUGUGGCAUCCAUGAUCUCCUCAGUCUGUGGAAGACGCUGUGGCUGCAUCCUCCCAGCAGCGGUUCAAAGAAAGCUUCUCUCCGGCGAGGAGGGGGCGGGUGCUAUAAUGAGUUGUCAUCUGGGCCGCCCCUGCUGCUGCUGAGUUCUGGAGAUCCACCUGAGCAGAUGUGAGACGGUCAGCGGUUCUGCAC